AUGAUCCAUUCCACUGUUUGAACUGUAUUUAACAUGCAUCCUAACAAGAGCCCUUCCGCGUUUCCUGAACAGCUGUCGUCACAGUCUCUCACUCUUUCUCUUCUUUCUUUUUCUUUCUCUCCCUCUCCGUGCUCCUCCUCCCGGAGCUGCAUUCCUACCAAAUGUCUUUUGAUCCCUGCAAGGAAGAUACAUCUUUUCUGCUGUGUGAUUUUGGAUUUAUGAGCCGGGGGAGGCUGUGGUGUCCGCACAAUUCCAUAUUUCGACACUGGACUUGACAGCUUUUUCUGUUGAGUUAGUUCCCAAUAGUUUGUUAUUUAGUAUUAAUCAAAUAGGCGCUUUGAUUCUUAAAUUUUUUGGUAAUCAAUUUGUUACCUUCUGAAUUUAGAAAGUAAUUACAAGAUAUACAGGACUACAUUAUUCGCAACUUGUGAGCAAAUUUGGAAGUUAUUUUAUAGUAAGGACUCCCUUUUGAAUUUCUAUAUGGGGAAAACAUCAUUACCUCCAGGAUUUCGGUUUCAUCCUACCGACAUUGAAUUGGUAAAGUAUUAUUUGAAGAGGAAGGUAAUGGGUCGUAAAUUCCAUUUUGAGGCUAUUGCGGAGGCUGACAUAUACAAGUAUGCCCCUUGGGAGCUUCCAGCGAAAUCUAGUUUGAGAAGUGGGGACUUGGAAUGGUAUUUCUUUUGCCCACGAGAAAAGAAACAUGCUAAAGGGGCUAGAAUGAAUCGUGCUACUGAAUUUGGGUAUUGGAAGGCCACAGGAAAGGACAGGCCUGUUUGUUACAAUAAUGAAAUGGUGGGAAUGAUAAAGUCCCUGGUUUUCCACCAAGGUAAAGCUCGAGAAGGUGUCCGAACAAAUUGGGUUAUGCAUGAGUAUAGAAUUGAGGACAAGGGUUUGGCUAUCAGAGGUUUUGUUCAGGAUGCAUAUGUGCUCUGUAAGGUUUAUCAGAAGGAAGGCAUGGGCCCAAGGAAUGGUGCUCAAUAUGGAGCACCUUUUAAAGAGGAAGACUGGGAUGAUGAUGAGGAUGUCGAUUGUAUGGAAGUAGUGUCUGCAGGUGUUGAUUCUAUUCCCGUGCCUAACCUAAUCAGGCCUGUGGCUGCUAGCUCGUCAUGUCUUUCAGAUGCUAUCCCACCAGUUAUUAAUGUGCCUUCACCUACUCCUGAAAACAAUGGUGUAGCUAGCUCGUCAUGUCUUUCAGAUGCUAUCCCACCAGUUAUUAAUGUGCCUUCACCUACUCCUGAAAAUAAUGGUGUAGCUAUUGAGGUUGCUCCUAUUUCACAUGAGGAUGACAUUUUUUCAAUGUUGGCUGACUUCAUAGAAGAUGGUCAAAACGUGAAUCUUGGUCACCAGCAUGAUGAAAAUCUUGAAGCUCUACCCCAUUCAGAUGGCAUUGAUAUCUACAAUGAUUUGGCAGACUUGGUCAACUUUGGCGGACUUAGUGAAGGUGCAGGGAAUUUCUUCCUCAGUUACAAUGAUUACCGUUACCCGAAUCAAAGUUUCCAGGAUGAUAAUGCUCCAUUUCUUGAGUUAGAUGAUCUUGAUGCCCCAUUGAAUGGCCCUGCUGAAGGAUAACAAAGUAGGAUUCCCUUAGCAUGUCUAUCUUGCUUCAGCUGCAAAGUGCCUUGCUCCUCUUCAUGGAGCAAAAGAUCUGAAUGCUCUGUUGUCUGCUUAUGGUCCUCCUCCAUUGUUGUCAAGGUCGAGGUGACUUGUUGGAGUUGGUUGUGGUUGCACUAACGAUGCUUUGUCACAUAAGUUGGAGGGUUUAUGGAUACAACCUAUUCUAAAGGUAGCCCGGCAUGGGACCAGUUAUAUGCAGCAAGCGUUUCUCCCUUGAAAUUUCCACUCUAUUUCAUAUUUGUCUUGGUAGAAUUUUUAUAAUUAAAUUGAAUAAGAAUCGUGGACUUGGUAUUACUUAGAAAGACUAGGAUCAAUGUGACUAGUCACCCCUUUGGCAUCUUAAUGAGACAUACUAGGCAUGAUAAAAACAUUAAACAGAUAAUGUUAUCCCUAUUCAAAGAAGCAUUCUAGUAAAAGAUUGUAGUGAAUUCCUUACUA